AUGGAGACAAGAACAUUAAAAAACGGCGUAACAAUUCCUAUUGUAGGAUUCGGCACAUGGCAGACACCGGACGGACAGGUCGCACUCUGUAGUGUCAAAAAGGCGAUCGAGUAUGGAUAUCGGCAUGUUGAUACUGCGGCAUGCUACGAAAAUGAGGUCGGCGUCGGAGCCGGUAUCGCGAAGGCCAUUGCAAAUGGAACCGUCAGCCGGGACAUGCUUUUUGUGACCAGCAAGGUCUGGAAUACGGAGCGCGGCUACGAUAAGACGAUGGCUGCCUUUGAAAAGACCUUAAGCGACCUGGGACUUGGCUAUCUGGAUCUUUAUCUGAUCCAACCAGAUUGA